CACAGUGUGCAGCCUUGAAAACAGUUGUUAUGAUAAACCAAAAUCUACGUUUUAAAGUUAAAUUUGGCCAAUUGGCCGCGCUAACAUUGAAGCUAGCAGCUGGAUCCAGUUAGCUAGCUUAAGACGCAGCAGUCUCAGAAACCGGUCCAGGAACCAGGACCGGUUUCUCCUUGGCUUCUGCUCCCAGUCCAGCAGACUGGCCAAAGCUCAAACCAGAGGCAGCGAUGAGAAGCAGCUUACCAAAUACCACAGGGAAUGUACUGUUGUUGGUUUGAGACACAAAGCUCGGUACUCACAGGAAACAUUUGACCGUAUCUCUGUGUCAGAGACAGCCGGCUGUCAGGGGAAGAUGAGCGGACAUAAGCUGCUGUUUUCCGGGUGGAAGUUGUGGACUUCUGGGACUAGUAGGUGGACAGGUCGACUUCACGAUGGUGUUAAUAGGAGUGGAAAGGCAUCUUUUUCCUCUUGUAUUCCAAAGGUGUGCAUAGUUGGAAGUGGUCCAGCAGGAUUCUACACGGCACAACAUUUGAUCAAGGCUCGUCAAGACGUUGAAGUGGACAUCUAUGAGCGGCUGCCAGUCCCCUUCGGCCUGGUCAGGUUUGGAGUGGCCCCUGAUCAUCCUGAAGUCAAGAAUGUCAUCAACACAUUCACACAAACGGCCAAACACCCUCGCUGUAACUUCUACGGUAAUGUCAACGUGGGGAAGGAUGUAAGCAUUGAAGAGCUGCAGCAAGCCUACCAUGCAGUCGUACUGAGCUAUGGGGCAGAGGGGAACAGAAGAAUGGGGGUACCUGGAGAGGACUUACCUGGUGUUUACUCUGCCAAAGACUUUGUUGGCUGGUACAACGGGCUUCCCAGUUGUCGAGAGCUGAGUCCAGACCUGAGUUGUGAAACAGCUGUGGUCUUGGGUCAAGGUAACGUGGCCUUGGAUGUAGCAAGAAUCCUGCUGUGUCCCGUCGACAUUUUAAAGAAAACUGACAUCACACAGCCAGCCUUGGAAGCUCUGGCUGAGAGCCGAGUCCGCAGAGUGCUGAUAGUUGGCAGGAGAGGACCAGUCCAGGUCGCCUGCACGAUAAAGGAGCUGAGAGAAAUGGUGAAACUUCCAGAUACCAGGCCGGAAAUGGUUGCAUCUGAUUUUGAAGGUGUCACAGAGGCCCUUAAAGAUUUGCCUAGGCCGAGGAAGCGUCUUACAGAGCUGAUGUUGAAGACGGCCUUGGAGAUCCCUGGAGAGAAAGAGCAGGAGAAGCGGAACAAGGCAUCCCGUUCCUGGGGCUUUAGAUUCUUCAGGAGUCCUGUUGAGAUCCUGGCUGACCCUGACCACCUAAAAACAGCUGGCAUCAGACUGGCGGUCAACAGGUUGGAGGGUUCAGGUGACUCAGCCAGGGCAGUACUGACAGGAGAGGUGGAAGACGUCACCUGUGGCCUGGUCAUCAGCAGUAUCGGCUACAAGAGCCUCCCCAUCGAUUCAUCAGUGCCGUUCGACUCCAGCAGAGCUAUCGUCCCAAACAGCAUGGGUCGUGUUCAACAAGCUGCUGGUUUAUACUGCAGUGGAUGGCUGAAGACAGGGCCCACUGGGGUGAUAGCCACCACUAUGAACAAUAGUUUUGACACAGCUAGAUCCCUGGUGGAGGACAUGGACUCAGGAGCACUGGUUAUAUCUGCAGAAAAGUCUGGGUCAGAAAGCAUCGGCACUCUGCUGGACAACAGAGGAGUGAAACCAGUGCUCUUCUCAGACUGGGAGAAGAUUGACAGCCAGGAGAUGAAGCGGGGCGAAGCCAUCGGGAAGCCCAGAGAAAAACUGCUGACUGUUGAGGAAAUGUUGAAAGAGGCACGAAAGUGACUGAAGACCCUCGACCUUAAAGUGGAUACCGAGUGAUGUUUGCACUAUAGAGUAACAGUAGACUCGGUAUGUUGUUGGGACCAUCAGUGACUGACCAUGAAGAAAAGCACUCAUCAUAAAUUAAAUUCACACACAAUAAUUAUUAGAGGUACUGUUGACACUGGUAUAAAGAACUUAUUUUCUGCUUUAAGUGUGUGCAUGUUAAAAAGAAAAAUCUAUAUGAUGACAUUUUUACAUGCUUAAAUUUCAUAAAAUAUAAUGUACAACACAAAGCUGACAAU